CCGCGCUUCCGGUGCUUUCCUGUCCGCUUCGCGUGUCUCGAAUGAAUCAUUCUUCCCAAGAUGGCGAUACACCUGCUUCUCCCGCGGUGAUCCCCGCUGUGAGUCCUCGCGACGCCAGUCAAAACAACACCCCCGCCCCCUCGCCACCCGGCCCGGUCCGGCCCCCAGGACCAGACGGCCCGCGAACCGGAAACCAAGUUAAACGGCCGGACUCUUAACCGUUACUUUAAAAAAAAAAUGUCCACGGAGGAGCUGUCGGCGUCGGACAGCGAGGCCGCCUUCGCCGGGGAGCGAUGGGCGCCGGUCGGGGCCGUGGCCAGCCCGGAGGACGAGAGCGACCGUGGGAGCCCCCGCCGGCCGAAGCGGAGCGCCUCGUCCCCGGCCACCGACGAGGAGAUGGCCGUCCGGCUGGAGAAGCUGGAGGAGGAGCAGCACCUGCUGAACUCCUCUCUCCUGGCGCUCACCUCGCACUUCGCCCAGGUGCAGUUCCGGCUGAAGCAGGUGGUGCACGCGCAGACCGAGGAGAAGGAGCGCAUGCUGGCCGAGCUGGAGGAGUUCGCCUUCAGGGGCUGCCCGCAUGUGGUGGGCUGCCGGGCUCAGGACGCCGGGCAGCUGGAGAACUCGACUGAGAGGGAGAAGCGGGAGCGCCUGGAGGCUCAGAGGGAGAAACAGAAGGAUCUCAUUUUCCAGCUGAAGACCCAGCUGGAUGACCUGGAGCGCUUCGCCUACCAGGAGGGCAGCUACGACUCGCUGCCGCAGUCCGUCGUCAUGGAGAGACAGAAGGUCAUCAUUGACGAGUUGAUCAAAAAGCUGGACGUGAACUUGAACGAGGACAUCGGGAACUCGUCGCCCGAGGAGCUGCGGCGGAGGGUGGACGCCGCCAUCGCUCAGAUCGUGAACCCAGCCAGGGUCAAAGAGCAGCUGGUGGAUCAGCUCAAGACGCAGAUCAGAGACCUGGAGAUGUUCAUCAACUUCAUCCAGGAUGAGGUGGGGAACCCGCUCUUAUCAGACGGUGGACCCAGCCAGCAGCCACGAGCAUCCGGGACCAAUACCAGAGCUCCAGGAGUGAAGACAAAAGUGGACCCCGAGCAGGCCCAGAAGAUGCGAGAGACGGGCCUGCAGCUCAUCCAGAAGGCCCUCGCCGUGCUGCAGAUCUUCGCCGCGAGCCAGUUCGGCUGCGCGCCGGGCCACCUCCCUCAGAGCGCGUGGCCCCCGGAGCCCACCCUGCAGGACUACGGGCCCCUGCUGCGGCGCCUGGAGGUGGCCGUGGACAAGGUGCGCGUGCUGGGCUCGCGCAGGCAGCCGUCCCUCGAGCACGUCGUCAACUACACCAGCAACUCGGCGCUGGGGCCGCGCGACGAGCUGACCGCGUCGGUGAGGAAGGAGCUGGCGACGGCCCUGAAGGACCUGCUGUCCCACGGCCUCUUCUCGCCCUCCCAGACCAUGAGCCUGGUGCUGGCGCCCAUCUCCUGCCUGCUGCCUUACACCCCGGCGCCACAGACCAUGCACCCGUGGGAGCUCUUCGUCAAAUACUACCACUCCAAGAACGGCAAAGCCUUCGUGGAGACGCCGGCCCGCCAGCUGUCCCAGUCCUUCAGCCUGCCGGUGGCGGGCGGCCCGGUGACCGUCACCCCGAAGCAGUCCCUGCUGUGGGCCGUUCACACGGUGCUGAAGGAGCACGGGCGCUACAAGCGAGGGCCGGACACGGAGUUCAAGGCGCUGGUGUGCAUGGCGCUGAACGAGCAGCGGCUGGUGUCCUGGCUCAACCUGCUGUGUAAGUCCGGCACGCUGGUGCACCCGCACUACCAGUCCUGGAGCUACAUGGCCCAGACCGGCUUCGAAGGAGCCCUGCGCGUCCUGGGCCGCAUCAGCCACCUGAAAUUCGACCUGCCGGUGGACCUGGCUGUGCGGCAGCUGAAGAACAUUAAGGACGCUUUCUGAGGAGGCGACGCGUCCGGGAGCGCCGACGUCAAGUCGAGUAUUUUACACGCUAAGCUACACGACUCUUACCUGUCAAUCAGGGCCACAACGUGACUUUGUGCUUCGAGUAUGUAACCUUUUUUUUUUUUUUAAAGGUUAUUUAAGUAGCAGCCCAUCUUAAGUGAAGUGCAAGUAUGUGGUGUCGUUAGUCAAUGCAUGGAUGAUAAUGUCGUGCGAGCUUCAACCAUGACAUCCACUCUGUUUAAGAUGCCAAAACGACCACGCUCCGCGUAUUGUGAACCCGCCUUAGGAGGGAGAUUUGAGAUUUCCUCACGUUUUAGAGAAGCCUUCCUGACCUUUAUGACCUGUGCUCGCAUCUUCACCCCGUGGACACGGCCGCGUCCCGACCUAUGCAGCUAAGAGCGGGAGGACGUGUACAGUAUUCAGUACUGUAAUGCGGUCGCCACGGAGACGAUCCAGGAUCCUGCAGAGCAUCGUGGCGCGUCGGGGGGACUUGAUUGGUUCGGUGAUGAUUCCUGUGUAGCAGAUUGGUGGCUCUCUUGAUGCACGUUGUGUUUCAGGUGUUUUGGACCCUGUAUGAAGUGCUGCUUUUCUCCUUUUCCAGGUGUAGUUGGGAUUAGAAUCAAAUGGCAGUGACAUUGCGUAAUAAGAAUGAUGUAAUGGCUUACAUCCUGUAUGUAUUGUAGGAUAUAAAACAUUGUUUCCUGUUUUUCACUUUGUUUUUUUAUCUUCCAGAGACUGAAGAGUUGCACGAGUUCUACCCUUUAAAUUCUGAAUGUUCACACCAGAGAUGCUAUUAACCUGAGGUUUAGUUUGUGUGUGCGGUAUGUAAACUGCUGCGUGCGCAUGUAUGUGUCAAACCAAUGAUUGUAGGUGUGCUGACAAAAGAUGAUCGCUGCGUCUGUGUUUCCUUCGUUAGAAACCCGAGCACUUUGUUACCUGGAAACUCCUUUUUAGAAUUUAUUUUACGUCACGUAAAUGGAAAGUUUCUUUGGUUUUCGGUGUAGUAAAUAUGCUGCAAAUUCAUCUUUGUGUUUGCAUUUUUUGGUCAGCUGUUGUGAUUUCUGUCCGACAUGUAUUUAUUCUUGGCAUGUUUUAACUCAUAUUGGAUAUAUCAGAACACUUUGUCAAACUAGCUUGAAACACACUGGAUUAUUUAAAUUAUGCUAUUUAUGUUUUUAUUUAGUGUCUAAUCGCAAAUAAUAUAUUGUGUUUAUUUUCCCCUUUUUCCUUUAUCAAGUGCAAUGAAUACCUACAGCUGUAAAAAAAAAAAUAAACUGCUAUACUGCUGUGAGUCUUUUUUUUUUUUUUUACAAACUUUUAUUUUAACACUUUUCAAGCAAAACAAGAGGGUCCAAACAUCCUGAACGAGAUAACUAUUGUGUUCCUUAAAUAAAAAAUACCUAUUAAUUGCUUUCAGUACAUGAAAAAAAAAUGUAGUACCUUGAUAAUAAAAUGUGCCAAUUAAUUUUAAUGAGUGAAAUAGUUCUCAUGCCCACUGUUGUCUGUUGUGUCCUCUUUAUAUUUCUAUAUAUUUAUAUUAUAUACUUUAUUUAUUUGGGUCGUUUACAAAUCUUGAAUAAGAUAUAAAAAUAUAUAAUUUUGUUGGAUACUUAGGAUGAUAUAUUGGUAUUUAUUGAACAAUAUGCAUUAAAAAAUAUAAUCCAAUAUUACAAUAUUGCAUUCCCCUAGACUGGUCCAGUCUGCAUUUGGUACUUGAGGUAUGAUGAUGCUUAUAUAUUUUUACUGUUACUUUUGGUAUUUUUCACUGUGCCAGUGUUACUGUUUAUUUUAUGAGUAGUUAUUCCCCUUCUGCUAUUAAAUGCAAUACCAAUAAUUGAGUCAUUUUAUC